GCCGCCGACCGUCACACCGCGCCGCGCCGCCGCCGCCGCCGCCCGCUCACCGCUCCGCUCCCGACCGCCACCGACCGGCCUCGCCAUGCACCCGAGCCAACUGCCCGGCUUCUACCUGACGCCCCAGCUGCUGGCGGCCGCCGGAAAGCCGGAGCUGCUGCUGCACCCGCACCUGCUCAGCUACUUCAGCCAGCCGCUGCUGCGCCCGGAGCUGUUCGGCCAGAAGCCCACCCGGCCCAAGAAGCGCUACAUCUGCAAGUACUGCCAGCGCGAGUUCAGCAAGAGCUACAACCUGCUGAUCCACGAGCGGACGCACACGGACGAGCGGCCGUUCCCGUGUGACGUCUGCGGCAAGGCGUUCCGCCGACAGGACCACCUCCGAGACCACAAGUACAUCCACAUGAAGGAGAAGCCGUUCAAGUGCGACAUCUGCGACAAGGGUUUCUGUCAGGCGCGCACGCUGGCCGUGCACCGUUCGUCGUGCUCGCAGCAGUCGGCCUCUGCCGCCGCCGAGCUGCGCAGCCUGCAGAGCCGACUGGCGCCGGCCGCCCGGCCCACCGCCGCUUCGCACCGCUGCUUCUGCGGCGAGACGUUCGACCGCCUCUCCUCCCUGCGCUUCCACGAGCUGGUGCACUCGCCGGCCGACUCGGAGUGCGCCGGCAGCGAGCGCUCGACCAGCCCGCCCAAGUCGCCAGCCAGCUCGCUGGGCUGGGGCUCGCCGCGCCGCGACGGCUCCUCGCCGACCCCCUCCGAGCCGGCCAAGAAGCACGGCUUCAGCAUUGCCGAUAUCCUGGCCAUGUGAGCGGUCGGCCCGCCGCAGUCGCCCAGCUGCACCCUGUCCAAUGUCUCAGGUGUCAUAGUUGUGUUUUAUUCGCUGGCCGUGACCGUCGGCGGCGCUGUUGUCAUGUAUUUCUUUUGCAUCGUGUUGUGUUUCGCAUAAUCAGUAAUUUAUUCCAGAAUGUGUUGCAUUGAUAUAUUAUGAGUGUUGUAAUUUGUUAUAAGAUUUGUUCGAGACAGAAUAAAUACGUACUUAUAUUU